AGCCCCCCCCGGCUACCAACCACAAGGCCAUCAUCUUGGAACAGUGCAGGACUCUCCGCGAUCUGCACCAGAUCCACGCCCGCCUCAUCAAGACCGGCUCCGCCCGCCUCCCCUCCGUCGCCGAGAACCUCCUCGAGUGCUCCGCCCUCCUCAUCCCCGGCAGCCUCGAUUACGCCCUCGAGAUCUUCCGCGCGGUCCCCCGCCCUCACGCCCAGGCUUACAAUAUCCUCAUCCGCGCCUUCAUCCGGAGCAACUCCCCUCAGGAAGCCCUCGGCCUCUUCCUCCGCAUGCUCGCCUGCUCCGUCCCGCCCGACAAGCACACCUUCUCUUGCGUCCUGAAGGUCUGCUCGAGGCUCCGCGCACUCCGAGAUGGCAAACAGGUGCACGCCCAUGCAGUGAAGUGUGGGUUGCCAUCGGAGGAGUUCGUCGUGAACAGUUUGAUUCAUUUGUAUGCUAGCUGUGGCGAGGUCGUGGUCGCCCGCAAGCUUUUCGAUGGAAUGCCUAAGAGGGGUAUAGUAACGUGGAAUGCAAUGCUCGCGGGGUAUUUCAAGGCCGGGGAUUGGGGCGAGGUUGUCGAACUGUUUCGUGGCAUGCUGGAGUUGGGAAUGGCUUUCGAUGAAGUCACUCUGAUCAGUGUUCUGACCGCGUGUGGGAGGAUGGGGGUGUUGGACUUAGGCGAAUGGAUAGGUGAUUAUGUCGAAGCAAAUGGGCUGAAGCGAUGCCAAAAUUUGGUGACGGCUCUGGUGGAUAUGUUUGCAAAAUGUGGUGAGGUAGAUAAAGCAAGAAGGUUGUUUGAUGAAAUGCCAUCACGAGAUGUCGUGGCCUGGAGUGCGAUGAUAUCAGGUUACAGCCAGGCAAAUCAGUGUCGAGAAGCUCUUGCUCUUUUCCAUGUUAUGCAGAAGGCCAAGGUGGAACCCAAUGAGGUGACGAUGGUCAGCGUUCUUUCCUCUUGUGCCAAUUUGGGCGCACUUGAGACGGGCAAGUGGGUGCAUUCUUAUAUUAAAAGAAAGCGACUGCAUGUCACUGUUAAUCUUGGAACUGCACUGGUAGAUUUCUAUGCAAAGUGUGGCUGCAUGGAGAGUGCACUUGAAACUUUUGAGGAGAUGCCAAACAAGAAUGCAUGGUCUUGGUCUGUGCUGAUUCAGGGCCUUGCUAGUGAUGGGCAAGGAAGAGAGGCACUCAAGGUCUUCUCUUUGAUGCUUGAAGCUGAAUUCCAGCCUACUGAUGUGACUUUUAUUGGUGUUCUCUCUGCUUGCAGCCAUGCAGGCCUAGUUGAGGAGGGUCAGAUCCUUUUUGACAGCAUGAGCAGCAAGUAUGGUGUUCAACCAAGGAUUGAGCAUUAUGGUUGCAUGGUUGAUCUUUUAGGGCGAGCUGGUUUAAUUGAAAAGGCAUAUCACUUCAUCAAGAGCAUGCCCAUCGAACCUAAUGCCGUGGUGUGGAGAACACUGUUGGCUUCUUGUAAAAUUCACAAAAAUGUCAAUUUUGGCGAAGAAUCAUUGAAGCAAAUUAUCAAGUUAGAACCUAGACAUAGUGGUGACUACAUACUCCUUUCAAAUAUUUAUGCAUUGGUGGGCAGAUGGGAGGAUGCGGUGAGCGUGAGAAACCAGAUGAAGGAGAAGGGAAUUACGAAAAUUCCAGGAUGUAGUUUGAUUGAGUUGGAUGGUACAAUCUUUGAGUUCUUUGCUGAAGACAGCUCUCAUCCUCAAUCGAAGGAGAUAUUCAGCAAGGUCAACGAGAUAAUCACAAAGCUUAAGCUGGCUGGAUAUGUGCCAAAUGUCGCAGAGGCACGAUUAGAUGCAGAGGAGGAUGAGAAGGAAGUGUCAGUUUCCCAUCAUAGUGAGAAGUUGGCAAUUGCCUUCGGGCUUAUGAAGUCUCCUCCUGGAGCUGUCAUUAGGGUGUCAAAGAAUCUCAGAAUAUGCACAGAUUGCCACUUAGCUACUAAGCUGAUCUCGAAGGUCUACAAGAGAGAAAUUGUUGUAAGAGAUCGUAAUAGGUUCCAUCAUUUCAAAUAUGGCUCUUGUUCAUGCAAUGAUUAUUGGUAAAAUAAGCAAAGAAUGGAAAGCUUUAUUUUACAA